CUACCAUUCAACGUACACAUAAGAGAAGAGACCCUCUCACUCACUUUGUAAAAUAGCAGGAAAGCUGUUUGUAUUUCUGUCUAAUUAUGCCUCUUCUCCUCACUCUCUAGCAUCCACCCAUGUCGGUGUCAUCGCAGUCCUCUUCCACCGCUGCGGCGACGGCGUCGUCUGAUACCAACGCGCCUCUCCUACUAUCCCGCCAGGGCGACUCCGAAUCCACUUCGCCCCGCCCGGCCACGCUGGCGCUCCUUCUGGGCCGUGCCACGGGGCGGCGCGGCCCCUCCAUUCUGGUCCGGGAGACCGCCGCCCGGCAGCUGGACGAGCGACGAGCCGACUGGGGCUACUCGAAGCCGGUAGUGGCCCUGGACAUGAUGUGGAACACGGCCUUCGUCGUCGUCUCGGUGGCGAUGCUGCUCUGCACGCUGGACGAGCGCCCCAACACGCCCAUUCGCAUCUGGAUCUGCGGAUACGCGCUGCAGUGCGCGGUGCACGUGGUGCUCGUCUGGAUGGAGUUCCGCCGGAGGAACACGCGGAGGACGGCUAGGGGUAGGUCUCAGUUGGUGGACGACGACGCCCACAUUAGCGAGGACGACGACGAGGACGACAGGGUCUCGGGGAGUCCCGGCCGCUCCAGUGUCACUAAACGCUGUGAAUCGGUGAAUACAAUGGCAUCGUUUCUCUGGUGGAUAGUUGGCUUUUAUUGGGUUGUCUCUGGUGGCAAUAUCCUUCUGCAAUAUGCUCCACGUUUGUACUGGUUGGCUGUGGUUUUCCUGGCAUUUGAUGUCUUCUUUGCCAUCUUUUGUGUUGUUUUGGCAUGUUUGAUUGGGAUCGCUCUCUGUUGCUGCUUGCCAUGCAUUAUUGCAAUUCUUUAUGCCGUUGCAGGACAGGAAGGAGCAUCAGAAGCAGAUCUCAGUAUCCUUCCAAAAUACAGAUUUCAAAUAUUGAGCGAUGAGGAAAAGCCUAAUGGGGGAGCAGGGUCAAUGGUUCCAGUAGAAACGAGCAGUGAAUACUUGGCAAAUGAACGUAUACUUCUACCUGAGGAUGCGGAAUGUUGUAUAUGUCUCAGCCCAUAUGAGGAUGGAGCUGAGCUCCAUGCUCUUCCCUGCAACCAUCAUUUCCAUUGUGCAUGCAUUGUGAAAUGGCUCAAGAUGAACGCCACAUGUCCUCUCUGCAAGUACAACAUUCUCAAGGGAAGUGAACAGGUAUAAAGGAAAUAUUGGAACCCCCAAGUUUCUGGGCUCAUCAACCCACAAUUUGUUUGUAUGUUUGUACAGAGAAGUGAGGCAUAGAUAGGAAAGCUUCUCCAAAAUUUAUUGACGAUAAGUUAUAGCAACUUUUCAAUUGAACCUCAUUUUGUCUGUUUUCGGCCAUUUGGAGUUGCCUUUAUUCUUCUUACCUCUAUAUGAGUUGUUUCUUAUGCUUGCACAGAAAUGGAGCAAUUGAUGUGCAGGUAUUACAUAGUCGCUUAACUUUCUCGGUUUUCUGGUUUUAUAGCAGAAAGAAAAAAUGAUUGCUUCACCUUCACAUAUCUAUGUAUUCUUGUUUAUAUUUGACUGGUGGUUAUAUGCCUUGUACCUCUGUGAUUUUGGAAAUCAAAUUUAGUGGAUUGGUUUUUUGUUUUUAAA